CGUUUCCCGCCCGGUGCGAUCUUCUAUUCCGACAGAGGCCGGAGGUUCCGCGCGCCCGGUGGUCCCGGUGACGGACGGGGUGACCUCUCCACACAGCUAGGGCGGGCCGAGCUCUUCGGCCGAAAUGGAAGACCGGUUUCUGUUUGACGGCGUUUCCGAUCUGGAAGACGUAAUGCAGACGGACGCUUUUGAAAGAGACAGUCAGGUCUUUUUGGACAACGCCGUCCUGCACGACGCGGCGGGGGAGACCUACGAGGAAAAAUUUAAUUUCUUUAAAGAUAUCUAUCUGUCGGAGGAUGACGACAGAGAUGUCGUGCCGUCUCAUUUCAACCCCGUUGACGACUUUAACGAGAAUGAUAUCUUCGAAGAGUUUUUGAAGCUCCAAGACCUAAGAUCUAUAGAAGAAUCUCUUUCUUCCCCACCUCAUUCCUCCAAUGACCAAUCACUCUUUUCCUCGGCGACCCAGGACAACCCUAACAAUGUCCCCUUUAGUGUUCUCGCCAAAGAAGGUGCAGCUCACCUUUCCCAAGAGAUGCCGGCAUUCCUCUGCCUGCCGUCCAACCACCAAGAGAUGGAUUUGUCACUGAGUGUAGAAGACAGUUUAAUGGGACAGUCUGUUGUGUACCCCAUCGCUCCACUCCCGAGUGUCAGCUCGCUUUUGAGCCUCCAUAAUUAUUCAAGGAAUCCGCUUACAAUGGAUAACAUGCCAAAAGUUGAUAAUGCUGCAAGUGACACCCAGGAAACUUUUCAGAAUCCAUAUGUUCAAGGUGACUCUGGUGUGGGUCCACCGUUUCAAGAGACAGUGGAUGAUGCCAGCUCUUCACACCGUAAGGUGAUCUGUCCUUCGGAAAGGGAGAUGCAGCUCCGUCCAAAGAAUUCUGGCAAAGGAAGACGAAGACGAAGCAAACUUCAUCUGGGUCCUAAGAAACGAUAUCAGAAUAAUCGCUUUUACUCAGAUGGUAAACCUGAGGUUUCUGUAUUAAAACGAAUUUUGAUGACCCCACCUGAAUUAAAAGUCCCCUCAAAACAGCUGGAUCAUGGAGCCUCAGCAUCAGAAACUCUGGGAGCCACAUAUCUGCCAGAAUUAAGCCUUAAAUGUCCACCUCAAAAAGCAGCCAGGGACUGCUAUUUUCUUACCAAUGGUGACUUGUGCCUCAACGGCAGCUGCUACAACUCGUAUGACAAUCUAAAUUGUGACACUGGAGAAAAUAAAGCCAUUAAGGCCAACAUUACGUACACUGGUGGCAAAAAUGAUGAUCGAAGUCCCCCACGAAAAGAACUCACCAACAACUCAAACUCUACAGCGACUGAGAAUCACGAAGACAGCAAUCUUAUUUCAUCACCUGAGACUGUAGGCCUUCCCAAAGAUGAAAAUCACGGGUCGCCCCCAUUGUGCAUCUCCUGGGAAGCGGUGGAAACCACCUGUGCUCGACUUCUGGCCCGGGGGCAAGAGGCUGAGGAAGCAAACUACCCAAAGCAUAUAGCAGAGCAAUUGAUCCUGGAGGAGUUUGGGAGAUGUAUAUCGCAGAUCUUCCAAAAGUAACCGAGUCCCCCAAAGGUUUGGAGUGGUGGACAGGCGAAUACGGUUUACAGCGAAGAGGACAGCAGAAAUCAGAAAGCCUGAUAUAUGACAAGUUGAUAAUUUCACCUGAUUCUCAGAUAAACCUUGCCCCAAAGCCCUCAGGGGCACAAUUCCCGUGGCAGAGCACUGCGCCCAUAUUUCCUGCCUCGGGUGGCCUCUCGAGGCCUCCUCCCAGAGAGUCUCAGCAGAGGAAGGCUUUCCUCGAUGGGGAGGAGCGUCGCCCAGACGGUCUCCAGACUGGGCCACCCGCCAGCUCCUGGGGCUCCGGGGGGCGAUGGGCUCAGUCACUCUCUCUGCUCCUGGUCAGACCCAUUGGGAUGGCUGCCGGCCAACGGGGCCACUCAGGGAACAAACCCCAGCGGGCGCUAUCUGUGCUCGGGCCGGCUGGCCUGUUUGGAAGGCGCUCGGUCCCAGCUUGUGGUCAUGUGAUUGGAGCAGGUCUCCCGUGACCAUGCCCAGACCGCUGCUCUCCUCUCUUGCCACAGCUCCUCUGGCCACAGGAGCACCUCAGCGGCUCCUCGGGGACUGCCAUGGCCCCUUAGCUCUGGUGGGCUGUUGACUCCUUAGGAGCAGGGGUCCCCGGAAGUGGACCCUAAGCCAAGAUCUGGGGAAGGGGGAAUGGAGCGAGGCUGGCCAGAGCUUCCCUCUGGAGCCAGAAGAUACCCAGAGCUCCCAGGAGUUCUUGGGGUUCUGUUUGCCUCUAAAGCCUGUGGGAAAAUGGCCUUGCAAAUGGCCCAAUGCAUUCGUCUCUGUUCAUUCCCUGGUUCUGAAACUUCCCUAUCAACAGGAGUCACAGCAGUCGCACUUUGAAAUGCUGGUUCAUCAUUGGCCAUGUCGGGCUGAUGACGCCUUGGUCCUGGGGGUGGGUGGGGACCCCUGGCUAUUUUCCCCAGUUGGACCGUCAACCCUCCAUCCCUCUUUUCCUACUGUUCCGACCUCCCCCAUCUCCAGCCCAGAAUUGGACAUUGUAGAUCUGUGGUUGCCUUGGGUGAGCCACCACCCACUUCCCCCUGACCCCCGGGGUGGCCAGAUCAGCAGUGUGGGUUGCUUCUGCAGUAGUUCUGGUCCUGAAGCAAGUCGUCGAGCCUGUGAGAUGUUGAUCCCAGCUAAUUGUCCCCCAAGGAACAGGAAGUGCAGGACCCACCCUUAAUAUCGGUGGUCUUGGGUGACUGCCCGGUUCUCCCGCCCAAGAAAACAUCUCCACUCUCGCUCCACCUCAUCUGCUCCCCGCCCUAUCUCGAGAAAUUGGGUGAGGUCCCCUCCCUAAUGGCUUCGUCAGCGCUGCCAUGGGGGUUGAUUUUCCGACGACGGGCUGUCAGGGUACCUUCCAAUGUCUGCAGAUACUAAUGGCACCUCCUCCAGGGAACUGUGACCUGGGAUCACACUCAUUCCAGCAGCUGAUUCUUGAUUGGAAUCUCUGCACGUGUUUGGGAAAGGGUCACAUUUUCCCAAGUCACUUAAUCAUUGUUUUUGAUAUGCAUUAAUACCGUUGGAAGCACAUAGUUGGGCACCGGCAAGCAGGUGGGGUUGGUUAAUAGAAGUAGCUUGUUUUAAGUUCUGUUGGAGAAGGAAAUACAGUUCAAGUGGCUAAUGGCCUCAGAUAGAAGAUACCCAGAGCUCUUUCCAGAGUAAGUUAUUCCUUACUGGAAUAACUCCGUUCUCCUCUGGGACUGGAUAAGGUGACGCUGAGGCGAUAUCAAACUCAUUUUGCCAGUCCUCCGGGUUUCAGCGGUUCCCCACAACUGCGAGGCACCAGCUCCCACCCCAAGAGCAUGGGGAACGGCAAGGGAAAUCAAAGGUCCCUGGGAAAGCAUCGCCCUGAUUUCCCGCAGAGCCUCUCAAGAGGCCAGAGGUACUAGGGGACAUAGUAGUCCACCCACCAAUUUUAAAGUUCAGAUGUUUUAACUAUGGCUGUGAUUGAAAAUAAAGUGUUAGAUAUUA